ACGACUGCCUGGAUAACAUGGAGUCGAGCAAGAUGGCGACUCCCAAGAACGCUCCGAGAGAUGCCUUGGUGAUGGCACAGAUCCUGAAGGAUAUGGGAAUUACAGAGUAUGAACCAAGGGUUAUAAAUCAAAUGUUGGAAUUUGCUUUCCGAUAUGUGACUACAAUUCUGGAUGAUGCAAAAAUUUAUUCAAGCCAUGCUAAAAAACCUAACGUUGAUGCAGAUGAUGUGAGAUUGGCAAUCCAGUGUCGUGCUGACCAAUCUUUUACCUCUCCUCCCCCAAGAGAUUUUUUACUGGAUAUUGCAAGGCAGAAAAAUCAAACCCCUUUACCACUGAUUAAGCCAUAUGCAGGACCUAGACUGCCACCUGACAGAUACUGCUUAACAGCUCCAAACUAUAGGCUGAAGUCCUUAAUUAAAAAGGGACCUAACCAAGGAAGACUAGUUCCACGGUUAAGUGUUGGUGCUGUUAGUAGCAGACCUACCACUCCUACUAUAGCGGCCCCACAAACAGUAUCUGUCCCAAAUAAAGUUGCAACUCCAGUGUCAGUGACAAGCCAAAGAUUUACGGUGCAGAUUCCACCUUCUCAGUCCACACCUAUCAAACCAGUUCCUGCAACAACUGGAGUUCAGAAUGUUCUGAUUAAUCCUUCAAUGAUUGGGCCAAAAAAUAUUCUUAUUACUACCAACAUGGUUUCAUCACAGAACACGACCAAUGAAUCAAACCCAUUGAAGAGAAAGCAUGAAGAUGUUGAUGACAAUGAUACUAUGUAAGGAAUAUAAUCUAGCCUAGAUGCAUUUCAAAAGUAUAAUUCGUUUUGAGCCCAGUAUAUUGGAAUAGAACAUUCUGUAUCUUCUCAAGUUUUACCUUAGAAAACUUAAAUGUAGCUGCAGUAUUUUUUACUUGAGCUAAAAAUUGAAAUUUCUUUAUAGUAAGAGUAGAAACAUUUUUAUAUUAGGCUGUAAGUACAAAACAUUAAGAGUUGUUUCUUAAGAGUUUUAUUAAUGUUGAAUCCCAUGGCGAUUCUAUUUUUGGAAGUAAUUUUCUGCCAUGUAUCACUGACAGCACACUUAAGUUUCAGUUUCUACAGUCUGGUCAGUGACCAGUCUUUGACAGCUUAUUUCUAAUCUACAUUUAAAUACUUUCUUUUUUAAGGUAAACGGUUGCUUUUAUUGUCAUUAACUUCUUUGACCAAAUCUCUCAACUUAGAAAACAUUUUUUGGAGAAGAUAGAUUUAGAGUGAUUCUAAAUCCAUUUUGAAUGUAUUUGUUUUUUUGGUCUUCCCUAACUUCCCAUCACCUCAACCCCCUUUUCUAGGUCCCACUCAUUUUCUGCAUUUUCCCCAAUAGGCUUAAGUCUCUCCCCAUUCCCCUUAAAAGGCCAAAACUGGAAUGUUAAAAAUACCAUUUUAUGUAAUACACCUUAUUUUCAGUUUUAAAACAUGCUCUACAUGCCUGAUGUUUUGUGGUUUCCUUUAACAUGAAGGUUUGCAUUUGCACUUAGUUUUUCUCUCUUUACCAGAGCAGUUUGGUUUUAUCCCUUGCCUUUCACACCUGUUGAAUCCAGUGCACUGUUGUUGACAGGUAGUUUAGGGUUGGUUAUUUUCAGUCUUGUAUUCAAGUUGAUAACUCCACCUGAUUUCUUAUUUCUGAAUGUAACGUAAAAGGUGCAGUAGCUUAUUAAAGAUCUGCCUUGAUAAGUACAUUUACACUGGGCCUAGGCAAAACCACUGUAGAGCAAGCAUUUUCUUCCUUUCUAGCACAUGUACAUAUGCUUUGAUCACUACUACUUGAACUCUCCUAUUGGUAUAAUUCAGAUCAUUUUCCUAGCUCGUUGCUAAGGAUGUCACAUAUAAUAUGGGAUCAAACCUGAGAGUAGAUUCUAAUGGUUCUUCCUCUGUAAGGUCAAGAAGGAAAACAAAUUAGUGAUGUGACUUCCAUUUAGGGGCAUUCUGCAUAGGUUUCUCAGUAAUGUGGCUUUAUUGCUAAACACGUUUUUCCUAUCUUCCAUCUAUACACAUCUAAAAAUCUUAUUGGGAAAGAUUAUAAAGCUUUCAGAAAUAUAAACAGACUUGUUUUGUUUAGUUUAAGUUCAACUUAGGAAUACAUU